ACCAUAAUUAUACUGAUUUAUUUUCCCAUGGCAAUAAUACUCCAUCUAUGCUCCAACAAUAUGAUUCUCUUUAUAUUGUGGGUUUUCUUUAUGCUUUCAAUUUGUGUCAAUUCUAAUCCCAAUUGGAUAAACCAUGGUGGUGAUUUGUACAAUCAAAGAAAUGCGUAUGGUGAAAAGAAAAUUAGGCCUAUGAGUGCUUCAAAGCUGAGGUUAAAAUGGGAAUUCAAAGCCGGAAAAGAUAUAACGGCGACUCCAGCAAUCUACGGUGGAAUAUUAUAUUUUCCUAGUUGGAAUGGAAAUAUAUAUGCAGUUAGAGCUGACGAUGGAGUUUUAGUAUGGAAAAAAAGUAUGGAAGAAUUGACUGGAAUUAGCGGGACAUUUAAUGCAUCGUCAUCACCUAAUGUGACAAGUAUAGUGGCAAGAGCAACACCGAGCGUUGUGAGUGAUAGGGAUAUGGUGAUUGUUGGUGUAUAUGGACCAAGUUUGGCUCUUGCAUUGAAAAGAAGUAAUGGUGAUCUUAUUUGGAAAACAAAAUUGGAUGAUCAUCCUCUUAGUGUUGUUACUAUGUCUGGGACAUACUACAAGGGAGCUUUUUACGUGGGAACCUCGUCGCUAGAAGAAGGUGUUGAAAUCAACGAAUGUUGUUAUUUUCGCGGUAGCUUCCUCAAGUUAGAUGUUAAAACUGGAAAAAUCCUAUGGAAAACCUUCAUGCUGCCGGAGAAUGGCGGUAAAAGAGGCGGUUAUUCUGGCGCCGCGGUAUGGGGAAGCAGCCCUUCCAUCGAUUCGCGGAGAAACCAUGUCUAUAUCGCCACUGGAAACCUAUAUUCCGUCCCUAAACACAUCGAGGAAUGUCAGGAGGAGCAGAAUCAACAGAACCAUACGCGUCCGACCCAACCCGACCCAUGUAUCGAGCCUGAGAACCACUCAGACUCGAUACUGGCGUUGGAUUUGGAUUCAGGAGAGAUAGAAUGGUACAAACAGCUUGGAGGAUACGAUGUGUGGUUCGUUGCAUGUGCAAAUUCAACAAACCCUAAUUGCCCGAUUGGCCCGAGUCCAGAUUAUGAUUUCGGAGAAGCUCCGAUGAUGCUUACCGUGGUUGCUAAUGGAAGGAAGAAGGUAGACAUCGUAGCCGCUGUGCAGAAGAGUGGAAUAGCAUGGGCAUUGAAGCGUGAUAAUGGCAAACUCUUCUGGACUACUGAAGCUGGUCCCGGAGGCACGGGAGGAGGAGGUAUAUGGGGAUCAGCCACAGACAAAAAGAGGGUAUACACUGGCAUUGCCAACAGUGGCAACUUAAACUACACACUGUACCCAUUGAAGAACGUGACAACAGGUGGAGGCUGGGUGGCAAUGGAUGCUAAAACUGGCAAAAUCCUAUGGACAACGGCAGUACCAAACAACGGUAGGUCAAACCCUGUAACUAUAGCCAAUGGUGUAAUGUUAGCUGGUUCGACAAGUCCUAGAGGUCCUAUAUACGCCAUUGAGGCAAAAACUGGGAAGAUAUUGUGGUCGAACGAGACUGGUGCAACUGUGGCCGGAGGUAUGUCAGUGAGCAAUGGGUGCUUUUACGUUGGCCAUGGUUAUAGAUCUGGUAUCGGAGUCUUUAAUCCCAACAAUACUGCUGGAACUUCACUCUUUGCUUACUGUGUAUGCUGAAAUUGUAUGCUGCAUUUGUCAGACAAUAAAUAAAGGUUUAGAGCUAAGUUGCUCGGACUCUUCAAAAAUGCCUACGGGUUCGUGUCCGAUCCUCCAAAAAUAGUGUAUUUUUGAAGGAUCGGACACGGGUGCGGCAACAUUUUUGGAGAGUCCAAGCAACUUAGGUUUAAGAGUGUAUUUUAAUUA